AUGGGGCGCGCUGCACUGCAGCAGCAGCAGCAGCAGCAGCAGCAGCAGCAGCAGCAGCAUUGUCUUCAAGGUGUACAGUCAGCAGCAGCGCCGGCGUCUACAUCGUCGGCUGCAGUAAAUGAAGAAUGUUUGCUGCUGCAGCAGCAGCAGCUGCUGCUGCAGCAGCAGAUUCAGCAGCAUCAACAGCUGCUUGAUCAGCAGCAGCUGCUGCAUGAGCAGCAGCAGCAGUUGCUGCAGCAGCAGCAGCAGCAGCAGCAGCAAGGCAUUAACAACAACGCGCAGCUUUCAGUGGGGCUCAAACACGACGAAGCAGCAGCAGCAGCAGCAGCAGCAACAGCAGCAACAGCAACAGCAGCAACAGCAGCAACGUAUGAUGCCUCUCACGAUGCAGCAGAGCAGCAGAGUGAGUCUGUACCUGAUGAACGUAUGAUGCCUCUCACGAUGCAGCAGAGCAGCAGAGUGAGUCUGUACCUGAUGAGCAACGUAUGA